CCCGGACCCGCUCCCGCCGCCCCGGCUCGCCGCGGGGUCCCCGGGCGGUCCUCGGGGACAGGGCCGAGCGGCGAGCGCAGCCGGGCCGGGCGCGCUCGCCGUGGGUCCACCAUGCACUUGCUGGGCUUCUGCUCUCUGGCGUGUUUGCUGCUCGCAGCUGCUCUGCUCUUGGGUCCUCGGCGGGCGCCCGCCGCCGCCGCCUUCGAGUCGGGACUCGGCUUCUCCGACGCGGAGCCGGACGCAGGCGAGGCCAAGGCUUAUGCAGGCAGAGAUUUGGAGGAGCAGUUGCGGUCGGUGUCCAGUGUUGAUGAACUCAUGACUGUGCUCUACCCUGAAUACUGGAAAAUGUACAAGUGUCAAUUAAGGAAAGGAGGCUGGCAACAUAACAAAGAACAGGCCAGUGCCAAUACAAGAACAGAAGAGACUCUCAAAUUUGCUGCAGCACAUUAUAAUGCAGAGAUCUUGAAAAGUAUUGAUAAUGAGUGGAGGAAGACUCAAUGCAUGCCACGGGAGGUGUGUAUAGAUGUGGGGAAGGAGUUUGGAGCAGCAACAAACACCUUCUUUAAACCUCCAUGUGUGUCCGUCUACAGAUGUGGGGGCUGCUGCAACAGUGAGGGCCUACAAUGCAUGAACACCAGCACAAGUUACCUCAGCAAGACGUUGUUUGAAAUUACAGUGCCUCUAUCUCAAGGCCCCAAACCAGUAACAAUCAGCUUUGCCAAUCACACUUCCUGCCGAUGCAUGUCGAAGCUGGAUGUUUACAGACAAGUCCAUUCCAUUAUUAGACGUUCCCUGCCAGCAACACUACCACAGUGCCAGGCUGCAAACAAGACUUGCCCCACAGACUACAUAUGGAAUAAUCACUUCUGCAGGUGCCUGGCUCAGCAAGAUUUUAUUUUUUCCUCUAAUGCCGGAGAUGACUCUGCGGAUGGCUUCCAUGACAUCUGUGGCCCCAACAAGGAGCUGGAUGAAGAGACCUGUCAGUGUGUGUGCAGAGGGGGGCUUCGACCUUCCAGCUGUGGACCCCACAAGGAGCUAGACAGAAACUCAUGCCAGUGUGUCUGUAAAAACAAACUUUUCCCCAACUCGUGUGGGGCCAACCGAGAAUUUGAUGAAAACACAUGCCAAUGCAUAUGUAAAAAAACCUGCCCAAGAAAUCAACCCUUAAACCCUGGAAAAUGUGUCUGUGAAUGUACAGAAAACCCACAGAAGUGCUUCUUAAAGGGAAAGAAGUUUCAGCAUCAAACAUGCAGUUGUUACAGACGACCGUGUACAAAUCGAAUGAAGCAUUGUGAACAGGGACUUUCAUUUAGUGAAGAAGUAUGUCGCUGCGUCCCUUCAUAUUGGAAAAGACCACAUAUGAACUAAGACUGUACUCUUUUCUAGUUCAUAAUUUUUUCUCUUAUGGGAAACUGUGUUGCCACAUUAGAACUCUGAGCACAGAGACUUUGUGGGACCCUGGUAACAAAGACAGAAGUCAGUUUCCAGAACCACGUGGAACAUUAACAGAAAUGGACUGGAGUUCAUCUACAAAAGACCUCUUUAAAAGACUGGUUUCCUGCCAAUGACCAAACAGCCGAGGUUUUUCUCUUGUGAUUUAAAAAAGAAAGAAUAAUGACUAUAUAAUUUAUUUCCACUAAAAAUAUUGUUUCUGCAUUCAUUUUUAUAGCAAUAACAAUUGGUAAAUCUCACUGUGAUCAAUAUUUUUAUAUCAAGCAAAACAUGUUUCAAAUAAAAUGAAAAUUGUAUUAUAA